GAGACUGCAGAUGCAAAUUUGCAGGGGGAAUGGAUCGGUUUUCCGGGUUGUGAUCCUCCGUCUGAACCGCCACGAAAAUCAACACCUCAAACUAUUCACUCUCAGCUACAAAUUGUCUCUCUUAUCACAAUCACUAAGCGUGAUAUCUUUCGAUCUGGUUCCGUAGACGAAUGUCCUUCACAAUUCAACUCUUUCUCACCGAUUAAUCAAAUGCCACGGUAGCACACACCGAUACUUGUUACACAAAAGGGCAAAGAAAUGGCGGGAUCUAUGAACAUGAGAGCGUUUGAUUGGAAGAAUGGUCAGACCAUAAUGUUGGUUCUUUUAGUAAUAAUGGCAUCCUUCUACACUGGCACAUUUUUUGGCAAUAAAUUUUCUUCCGUAUACGUACCACUCCAACAGUCAGACUUACAACACCGGGAUGUCAAUAAUUUAUCAGUUGCUGUUACUUCCAAAUUUACAAAUAAAGUAGCUCUCACUUAUCAGACAGUGCCACUUACGAUCCCAGAAACUGGGAUGAAUGUAUGCCCUUUGUCAUAUACUGAAUACAUUCCAUGUCAUGAUAUUUCUUACAAUAAGGGAUUGCUACCCAAGUUAGAUCUUUCUAGAAAAGAAGAGCUGGAGAGGCAUUGUCCUCCACUUGGUAGGCGCUUGUUUUGUUUGGUUCCACCGCCGGCUGAUUAUAAGUUGCCAAUAAGGUGGCCAACGAGUAGGGACUACGUCUGGCGAAGCAAUGUGAAUCAUACGCGCCUCGCUGAGGUAAAAGGAGGGCAAAAUUGGGUGCAUGACAAAGAUCAGCUUUGGUGGUUUCCUGGUGGCGGUACUCAUUUCAAGCAUGGAGCCACUGAGUACAUUAAGAGGUUAGGAAAUAUGAUGACGAGUAAGACUGGUGACCUGCAUUCUGCAGGGGUAUAUCAAGUAUUAGAUGUUGGUUGCGGGGUAGCUAGUUUCUCAGCCUAUCUUCUUCCUUUGAAUAUUCAAACUAUGUCUUUUGCUCCAAAAGAUGGCCAUGAAAAUCAAAUUCAGUUUGCUUUAGAACGAGGGAUUGGAGCAAUGAUUUCUGCUUUAGCCACUAAACAGCUACCAUAUCCCAGUUGCUCUUUUGAAAUGGUCCAUUGUUCUAGAUGUCGUGUUGAUUGGCAUGAGAAUGAUGGCAUUCUAAUUAAAGAAGUUGAUCGCCUAUUGCGAACCAAUGGAUAUUUUGUCUACUCUGCUCCACCUGCUUACAGGAAAGAUAAAGAUUUUCCAGCAAUUUGGGACAAGUUGAUGAAUCUGACUUCUGCAAUGUGCUGGAAACUCAUUGCUAGGGAAGUUCAGACAGCAAUCUGGACUAAGCCACAGAACAACUCAUGUCUUCAACACAAUGCACAGGAGAAGCUUCUAAGCCUAUGUGACUCCGUGGAUGAUUAUAAACCCUCAUGGAAAACACCUUUGAGGAACUGUAUAACACCACGUGCUUCUCAGACUCUGCCUCCCAGGCCACAGCGCCUUUCAGAAUAUUCUAGAACUCUCAAUAACCUUGGUAUCAGUCGAGAAAAGUUCUUAUCAGAUACAAUCUACUGGCAGGAUCAAGUUCGUCACUACUGGAGACUGAUGGAUGUUGAAGAGAAUGAAGUUCGGAAUGUCAUGGACAUGAGUGCUUUCCUUGGUGGAUUUGCAGUUGCUUUGAGUACAUGGCCUGUUUGGGUCAUGAAUGUAGUACCUGUUACCACAGUGAAUACCUUAUCUGCUAUUUACGACCGUGGUCUGAUUGGCACCUUUCAUGACUGGUGUGAACCGUUCUCUACAUACCCACGCUCGUAUGAUUUGUUGCAUGCCAACCAUCUUUUCUCUGACUAUAAAAAUCAGGAAGAAGGUUGCUUACUAGAGGACAUCAUGCUGGAGAUGGAUAGAAUAUUACGUCCUCGGGGAUACAUUAUUAUCAGAGGUGAAACUGAACCACUUAUUAAUAGGAUAGUAGAUCUUGCUCCUAAGUUUCUUUGGGAUACUCGGUUGCAUUUUCUGGAAGACGAUCAGAAGAAAAUGGAACCAGUCUUAUUUUGCAGAAAGAAGUUCUGGUCCAUCGUUUGAGGUAUUCGCAUGCUGUGAAUACAGGUAUUUAUGUGUCUGACUAGCAACGUGCUACUUGUAUCACGAGACACAUGGAUUUCGUCUUCCUUUGUAUUCCAUCUGUAUCUACUUAUUGAACUUUUCAAAAAUGAAGAAACCGUGAUUGCUUUUAAUUUAUUUAUUCUUGCAACUCCAUUACUUUGUAAAUUCUGAGAUGAAGCUUUUCAUUUGUGGAUUGGCCAAAAUAGAGGUUCUUGAAUUCAUUGC